AUGUACUUCCCGUCACGAGGAACUAACCCUAUAUCAACCACCCAAGAGCACCGUGUAAUAUCUGAACUCACUAAACUCACAAACUCUACGACCAUAUCAGUCGGCUAUCGUGUUUCUCCCCCCUUCCCCUUAUCACUUCAUGAUGCUCUAGCGGCUUUAGACUGGGCACGCUUCAAUGUCCCGACAGUUUCAUUAGAAACAUACUGCCAGAAUAAUUAUGAUGGUCGUCUGAUGGCAGUCCUAGGGACGGGAAUAGGUGGUAGUAUCGCAGCGUCUAUCGGCGCAACCGAAGGCCGCGAGUCCGGUAUAAUUGCUACAGGGGCCUGGCUCCCGAUUGUAGACUGGGCAUUCGAUCCUCUCCCCGGGAUACCCGAGUCCAAUCUCUCAACAAUCCCGAGAUCACCGUCCCUGAUUGAGAAAUACUCUCAAUCCGAGCUCGAGGAAAUUGAUUCGGAUAUAAUUUCCACCUAUUCACAACUCGCCGACAAUCCAUUCCUGUCUUCUGAAACCCUUAAGUCUAUCCGGUCUCACUACCUCGCUACCCCAGAGGACUUUACCGACCCCUUCGUCUCCCCGCUUUACCGUUUCUCGUCCUCUGGUGUAAAUAUCUGGACUGAUCUAAUCUCGAGAGUACAUUCAGAACUCCUCGCUGACCCCGAAAACCCCCCAACAUGGGUCAAGACAUUACCAGACACAAUAUUUAAGCGAGGACCCCGUAGGCCGGUAGCUUACCCGCCAUUGGAUCUAGUUGGGAAGCUUACGGUACCAAUGAUGAGGAUCGUUAGCGCAGAAGGCGACAUUCUCCACCGACAGAUAACCGAGUAUGUUCACGCCGCAAGAAUUUCUCUGUUCCCUUCCAAAAUCAGAACAAUUGAGGAAAUAGCGAAAGAGGAAGCCCAGGAACUUGGGAAGACACACAACAACGACAUAAUUAAAGAGGAAGGAAUAGGUUGGAAUUUCGCCAGAGAUGAAGCUCGAGAUGAGGAAAACGAAGACAUAAGCGGAAAAAAGGGAGCUCGAGAUGAUACUAAGGAGCUAGAAAGUGCCGAUACGAGGCUUUGCAUGCAUGAACGGAAAGCGGCGAUAGUAGAGGACGUAGAGGAAGAGCAAGACAGCCGUGAUAAUACGGCCAAAACAAAUGUGGUGAACGUAGAUGAGCUAGGAUAUUCCAAAGCAGCAGAAAUUUACAUCAAGCAUGAGAUUGUUCCCAAAGCUGGUCACUGCCUGAUAACUGCCGCGGGCAAGAUCGGUAGUGGCAUGGAAGAAGUGGAAAAAAUGGCCGCAUGGAUCAAUUUAGUUUUUGGAACUGAACCAAGCCGAGCAUCGCAUUGGAAGUCGGUAUUGCAACAAGAACGGACAAAAAAAGCGCUAGAGGCUAUUAACACAAGACUGAAGAGGGUUUCGAAGCUAUAG